CCGGCGCGCCUCGGCCUCUGGGCUCCCGCUCCCCUUCCCCUUCCGGCUCAGCCCGCUGCCCCAGACGUGACCCCCGCGCAAGGUGUUGGCGAUGCGCGCUGCCCGGGAGCGUGUGAUUAAUGGCCCCGAGGUCGUGGGCGGCGCAGGCACCAGCCGCUUCUUGGCCUGGUCAGGGUGUGAGGGUAUCCGGGAGCACAGCGAGGUCAUGGCAGCGGGGGCCUCCGGGAGCGCGGCGGCGGAGGAGGAGGAGGAAGAGGAAGAGGAGAAGUAGGUGACGCGGGCCGAAGAGGCUUGUCCCCUCUGGCCCCAGGGCUGGCGCCGCGGCGGGUCCCCCGCCCCAAGCAAAGUUUGGAGCUACGGGCGCUGCGCGCAGGUCCCUCCCCGCGCAGUUCCCUCGGCGGGGUCUGUGCCGCCGCCGCUGCCAGGGCAGGACAAAGGCUCAUUAACACGUGAUGGGACCGCGCUUCAUAAAUGGGACUGGAGCGAGAGGGAGCCAGAGACAGCGCGAGCGGAGGGAGCGGCAGGGACUGCGCGAGCGGGACGAGGCGACGGGCGCCCGGGCUGGCGGAGACGGGCGGCCCCACGCCGGGCCAGGCGGGGCUCGCGGGAGGACCCAGUGAAGAGCCUGGGAAGGGGCGAGGCUCGCCGGCGGUCGGAGCAGCGGGGCGCCAGUCCCGGUCGCUGUCGCGGGCGGGCGCUGGAGACCGGGACGCCGGCGCUCGGACGGACUGACUUGCUGACCGCCCGCCGGAGGCACACCCCACUCCACCCCACCCCGCCUCGCCAGCAGCCCGGCGCCGGCGCCGCCUCCCGCACGCUACUCCCUCUGCCACCCCUUCCUUCUCCACUUCUUUUCCGCCUCCGCCUCUUCUUGUCUCCUGCGGCGCCAGCGCCUUCCCUUGGCCCGGGCGGGGGCCUCGGCUCCCCGCAGAGCUCUCCGUAGUCAGUGGGGGACAUUUCGUUCUAGCGGACAACCAGCCCCUGAGCUGGGCGAGAGGUGCCAAGGGAGCUUCUGUCCCGAGGACCAGGGGAUGCGAAGGGUAAGACCUGGCAGAGUUGCGUUUGGAAAUACUUUUUCCGCCUCCCGCUCCCUCGGGUACGACCAGUGUGGUCCCCAAGUGUCCUUCGUGGAGUUCUUAUUCCGUGUGAGCGAAUCGUGCGUCGGUGUUUACUUAGCUGUAUGGCCCCAGCCUGUUAACUGUGAUCUGUUCUACUUCUGGAGAUUUCUACCAUUUACUAUUUAUUGAAUGUGUGUGCACCUGGCUCUGUAUGCACUGAUGUCUGUUUGUAGAAAAUGGGUAAUUGUGCAUGUUUGAAAAACGGGCGCUUGAGUUGGUGCUGAAUGCCUAUAAACCAUAUUAGCAGCUAAGUCUUCCCAGGGAAACACUUCGAUCUCUGCUGCAAACCUAGAAACUGACUAAUGUAAAAUAGUAAAUGUCAUAUAAAGAGAUGUAUGUCAAAUAAUAAACUUUUGAUAAAAAGCUACAGGAACCACUUCUCUUUGAGGAAAAACAAAUGUCCAUGUAACUAACACCUAAAAUUGAAUGUUGAUGGAACCAUUUAACUCAGAACUAGCUGUUAGAUGACUAAAGUUAAUGUUGCAUUUUUAAAAGACAUUUCUUGUUAAGGCUUACAAAUCAUAAACGGAUCACCUCUCAAAUAAAAAUAUGUUUGCUGUAAUAGACGUGAGAAACUGUCAUUUGGUCAUUUGGAAGUUUAAAAGCAACAUGCAUGUUUCUGAUUUUAAUAGAUUGUCUCUCAGAUAUUUAAAAUUGAACAGAUAAAAAAACAAAUGUUUAGUAACGUAUUAAUCAUUUUGCCUCCCAUCUUUUUUUAUUUUCCUCCAAAUAAGUGCUAUUCUUGCCUUUGUUGUUGAUUUCCUGAUAUAGUAAGCCUCCUCGGGCAUGUAAUCCAAUAAGAGAUUAGAACAGAUUUACUGGUUUUAAAGGUGUUGAAAGAUAUCUCUGUGGGUCCCAUAACUUCUCCUCAUUUUUAUUACCAAGUUAAUAUCUUUUGAACAAUGGGGGAAAUGCAAUUUCUUAGAGGAAGCUUAGCGGACACUGAGUAUUAGUGGGGUCACCACUGACAUCAAUCUAUUUUGCAGAAUAUUGAGAAGCUCAGAGCAACCAACCUUUAAGGUUCCCAUAGGACUUUAUGUGAUUUAAAGUGUUGCUUUUCUAAUCCUACCUUACUGACAGUUUGCAAGGGAAGAUACACUAAUUGAUUUUUCUCUGUCCCUUUUUUCCCUGGUACUCCUCCCCCUCCCCCGCUCUCUAACUCAGUUAAGAGCAAUUUUAUAAAAAUAAAAGGCCAUUUAUAGUUUCUUAAGUGAGACAAAUUACUUUCAGAUUAUAUCCAUACAUGAGCAGAAGACAUGCACCUCCAGAAUUUUAAACAUUGCAUACUACAGGCACUUAUUUGUAGGCACAAUGGCAGUUACCAUAGUGGGGCAAGAGACUUGAUGUGGGACAUGGUUUUAAAAAACUAAUCCAUUUUAGCUUAUCAGGAGAACUUACUGUAAACCGACUCUUUUUGUUUCAAAGAUGUCUCCCACUCCAGGCGAGGAGCGCUUUUGGCUGAGGGCAAAGAGAUUGAAAGAGGGGAGUCACAUAAUCAGCAUACGUUUAUGAAGAUUACCCCCACAGCUGUGUGGCAAGUGAUCAAAAAGGAACAGGACCAGAGAAGGGCAGGAAAACUGGUCAGAAAGCAGGCGCCCUAACCCUGGAUUGCCCCCUGCGGGUCACUUUCUCAGUCAUUUUGAGCUCAGCCUAAUCAAAGACUGAGGUUAUGAAGUCGAUCCUAGAUGGCCUUGCAGAUACCACCUUCCGCACCAUCACCACUGACCUCCUGUACGUGGGCUCAAAUGACAUUCAGUACGAAGACAUCAAAGGUGACAUGGCAUCCAAAUUAGGGUACUUCCCACAGAAAUUCCCUUUAACUUCCUUUAGGGGAAGUCCCUUCCAAGAGAAGAUGACUGCAGGAGACAACCCCCAGCUAGUCCCAGCAGACCAGGUGAACAUUACAGAAUUUUACAACAAGUCUCUCUCGUCCUUCAAGGAGAAUGAGGAGAACAUCCAGUGUGGGGAGAACUUCAUGGACAUAGAGUGCUUCAUGGUCCUGAACCCCAGCCAGCAGCUGGCCAUUGCAGUCCUGUCCCUCACGCUGGGCACCUUCACGGUCCUGGAGAACCUCCUGGUGCUGUGCGUCAUCCUCCACUCCCGCAGCCUCCGCUGCAGGCCUUCCUACCACUUCAUCGGCAGCCUGGCGGUGGCAGACCUCCUGGGGAGUGUCAUUUUUGUCUACAGCUUCAUUGACUUCCACGUGUUCCACCGCAAAGAUAGCCGCAAUGUGUUUCUGUUCAAACUGGGUGGGGUCACGGCCUCCUUCACUGCCUCCGUGGGCAGCCUCUUCCUCACGGCCAUCGACAGGUACAUAUCCAUUCACAGGCCCCUGGCUUAUAAGAGGAUUGUCACCAGGCCCAAGGCUGUGGUGGCGUUUUGCCUGAUGUGGACCAUAGCCAUUGUGAUCGCUGUGCUGCCUCUCCUGGGCUGGAACUGCGAGAAACUGCAAUCCGUUUGCUCAGACAUUUUCCCACACAUUGAUGAAACCUACCUGAUGUUCUGGAUCGGGGUCACCAGCAUACUGCUUCUGUUCAUCGUGUAUGCGUACAUGUACAUUCUCUGGAAGGCUCACAGCCACGCCGUCCGCAUGAUUCAGCGUGGCACCCAGAAGAGCAUCAUCAUCCACACGUCUGAGGAUGGGAAGGUACAGGUGACCCGGCCAGACCAAGCCCGCAUGGACAUUAGGUUAGCCAAGACCCUGGUCCUGAUCCUGGUGGUGUUGAUCAUCUGCUGGGGCCCUCUGCUUGCAAUCAUGGUGUAUGAUGUCUUUGGGAAGAUGAACAAGCUCAUUAAGACGGUGUUUGCAUUCUGCAGUAUGCUCUGCCUGCUGAACUCCACCGUGAACCCCAUCAUCUAUGCUCUGAGGAGUAAGGACCUGCGACACGCUUUCCGGAGCAUGUUUCCCUCUUGUGAAGGCACCGCGCAGCCUCUGGAUAACAGCAUGGGGGACUCGGACUGCCUGCACAAACACGCAAACAACGCAGCCAGUGUUCACAGGGCCGCAGAAAGCUGCAUCAAGAGCACGGUCAAGAUUGCCAAGGUAACCAUGUCUGUGUCCACAGACACGUCUGCCGAGGCUCUGUGAGCCUGAUGCCUCCCUGGCAGCACAGGAAAAGAAUUUUUUUUUUUUAAGCUCAAAAUCUAGAAGAGUCUGUUGUCUCCUCGGUUAUAUUUUUUUAAGUUUACCAUGCUCAAUGAAAAGGUGAUUGUCACCAUGAUCACUUAUCAGUUUGCUAAUGUUUCCAUAGUUUAGGUACUCAAACUCCAUUCUCCAGGGGUUUACAGUGAAGAAAGCCUGUUGCUUAAGUGACUGAACGAUCCUUCAAAGUCUCAAUGAAAUAGGAGGGAAACCUUUGGCUACACAAUUGGAAGUCUAAGAACCCAUGGAAAAAUGCCAUCAAAUGAAUAAUGCCUUUGUAACCACAGCUUUCACUAUAAUGUGAAAUGUAACUGUCCGUAGUAUCAGAGAUGUCCAUUUUUACAAGUUAUAGUACUAGAGAUAUUUUGUAAAAUGUAUUAUGUCCUGUGAGAUGUGUAUCAGUGUUUAUGUGCUAUUAAUAUUUGUUUAGUUCAGCAAAACUGAAAGGUAGACUUUUAUGAGAACAAUGGACAAGCAGUGGAUACGUGUCAACGAGUGCACUUUUUUUCUAUAUUAUUGCCCAUGAUAUAACUUUAGAAAUAAACCUUAAUAUUUCUUCAAAUAUCUCUAUUUAAUUUUGACACUGAAAUAACCGUAAAGGUUUAUUUUUCUGUUACCUCAACAAGAAGAAUUUGAAGCCUUCAAAAUAUUGAGCAGAAUUCGUUCAUACUUAAAAAUUUAUCAGCCCUGCAUUUUCAUAGGAAGACACAUUAUCUUCUGGACUAUAGCUGUUCUAAUGGAUUAUAAUCAGAAUGGAAGAGAGAAAGCAUAUUGACUUUUUUUGAGCGACAUCUCUGACUUUCUUUAGUCUUUAGCUAUUACUGGAUCUCUUAAGACAGCAUGUGUUAAUCUUAAUGUAUAUCGUUAUCACUGUGCAGUUGCUGUUUACUUGAAUAGUAUUGUGUUCCUAUAUUCCAGGUUUAAGUAGUUUUCAUGCCUGGGUGGCCAAACAACAGUCUUCAUUUUUUUUAAUUGAAAAGAAGUAGUGUCUGGAUCAGUAAAAUUAUACUGUGUGUGAGUGUGAAUAUAAAUGUGUGUAUGUGUGUUUCUGUCCUGUAACUUACAGUAAUGUCAUAAAGUGAGAAAACUGUGACCAAGUAUAAACUUUUACCACUUGCUGCACUCUUGCACAUGGAUUCAGUUUCUAAAAUUGAGUUCUUCCUGUAAUCUUGUUGAUAAAAAUACUGACUCCAACCAUUCAAAAAUUUCACCCUAUCCCUCCUUAAGAGAUUGGAUCAAGUAUUACUAAAUUGACCUUUAGGUAUUACAUAAGACCAGUGUUUAGCAAAAAAUAAUGACAGACAUCCAAGGGAUGUAUUUGUAGUGUUAUUGCCGGGAAAGGAGAGAACUUUGGUUUCUGAGCACCGAAUAUUGAGCAAGAUGUCAGUCACUAAAAGGAAGACAGUUCUACAGAAAAACAAAUGGUAACAUUUUUCAAUAGCAUGUGUAGGUAGUAUGCACUAUAUACAUCACGUUAAAGUAGGACUAUCACACCCAGCCCAUGUGGCUAAAAAAGCUGAAUCAGACAGUGGAUGAGACACAAAACGGCAGUGAAGAACCGACACACUUGGCAUUGAUGUCUAGCUAUGUGGUAUCUGUGCUUUGCCCACAUGCCCUUGGUGACAGCUGAGCACCCAGCUCUGUCUUGGUAGGUUUGGGCUAAGGAACAAACCUCUCCUUUGCUCGUGGUUAGCAAGAUACACUCAAGCAUGAAGAUAAACACAGCUGCUUUCCUCUUACACCCCGGUCUCAUGCUCCUUAAUGGCGCCAUGGGUGCUUGUUGGGCCUUUUUCCAGUAAGGAAUGAUAUUGCUGAAGAAUCUACUUAACCCUGACAAAUUUUAAUUAUAAUCUCUUCUUACACAGAUAAAACAUGACUCCUACAAGGCCCCAAGGUCUACAUAGUCUGAAGUGAAGUAGAGAGCUGGCAUCUAUCUGGUGAUUUCUAGCUCUCGAGAUACCCAAGCAGCCUGAUGGGGCAAUUCCCCUUCUUACAGUUCACGCUGUAAGGCAGGAUGUGGCUUGUGAGAUACUUUGCAUUGUCUGUCUGCACACCUUGAAUCUGCCUGCUGGCUCCCUUACUUUACCUCUCUGUCAUGUGCAGAUGAAGGCUCAGGGUACUAGAGGAUUAGUAAGAUCUCUUUUUAAAGACAGGAGAGAUUAUUUACAAGAAGAACUCACCAGGGUUUAGUUUGCAUUUAAGAAUUGCCAGUCUUUUGUCCUGCAUCAUCUUGAAUAUUAAUCCACAUGUUUCAGAGCUCACCAGGCAGUACCAAUGCUCUUUUCACAGCUAUGAAGAGCUAGAGAAAUUCUUGUUAUGGUAGAAAAAUUUCACGAUUCAUUUUUGAAACUGCAUUUGUGCAUAUGCAGUGUAGAUUUUAUAGUGUGUUGUGCUUUCAAGAUCUAAAUCAUAUAUAAUAAAUUAAGGGACAAUGGGGCUGACAGCACUAAACUUGGUGCUUAUUGAUAUUCUAAGAAAUAUCUGUGAAAUAUCAUCACAUAUGUUAUACAACCUUCAUUUGAAAAGGUUUAAAACUAGUUAGAUUCACUUUGACACUUUUCAUAUCAUUUCUUAACCCAAGUGACGAAAACAUUGUCCCCAAUGAAUAUACUCAUUAGAAUUACCAUUUGUUAAUAUCACUCAUUAAUUAACCCCAUAAUUAGAUCCAUUAAUUUAAAUGAUUUAAAUUUAAGUAAGUUUUAUAAGGUCUGACAUCAGAGGUAUCUUAUUUUCCUCUGAGGAUGAUGUACUUGCCCUGACCAUGCAUUUUAACAUCACACAUGUCUUCAGAAAGGGCCAAAUUCCCAACCUGCUCAUUUUUUUUUUAUCAGAGUCAUGAUGAAUCAGUCCUAGAAUGUUUCAUUUGCCCAAGUAGGGCUGCCUCCAAGAGGAACCUCUGAUUUAUUUUGUAUGAAAUAUAUGUGAAAGGAUAUGAAUCUGAGAGAUGCUGUAGACAUCUGUCCUACACUUGAGAUGAUUUCCAAGCCUCUCUGGCACUUUGAGUUAAGUCUAUCUGGUAUUAAAUGCCAAGGACCUUUUGCUGCCUAAAUCCACUCUGCAGGAAAUAGGCCCAACCACCAGAUGAGAAUUAGGCCCUGGAUGAGUAGCGCUGUAGUUACUGUCCUGUUGAUUAAUUUCUGCCAUUUCUUGUCCAUAAAAGAGACCACCCAUAUCAUGCACACAAUUAGAUUUCUCACACUCUAACUGUAUAUUUGUAUGAUAUUUUAAAAUCUCCUAAAUGCUGGGCAAUGGCUAUUAACAAUUAAUUGUCUUGCACUGGCCUUCUGAUGAAAUGUUAACAAUGCCUAUUGUAAUAUAGAAAAAAACAUUCUAUCUACUGAUUUGGGCUGAAUGUAUGUAAAUAGGUUUCUAAAAAGUCAGAUGUUUGAGCAGUGGCCUACAAAUCAGUAAUUUUCGGAUGGGAGAGUUUCUUUACAUUGCCGUGGCAUCUUAAAAGCUAUCUUCAUGUAAAUUGACUGUACUAGGCCUACUGGGGAUCAGAGUUCCCAAGAAAGGAAACCUUUUCUUGUAUCUGGAUUCAAAUUUAUUUCCAAUGUUUCAAGCGGGAAACACGACUCUUUAUUGUCUGUAAAUCUAACAUUAUUACUUUUCCUCUUAGAAGAAUAUUGUAUUGUUAGAUGUUUGUUGAGCUGGUAACAUCGUUGCAACCACUGCAAUAUCUUCGUUAGUAAUCUGUAUAAUACUUUGUAUACAAGUACUGGUAAGAUUGUUAUUAAAUGUAGCUUCAGUCAUUAAAUUACUAUAGCAAAGUAGUACUUCUUCUGUAAUAUUUACAAUGUAUUAAGCCCACAGUAUAUUUUAUUUCAAUGAUGUAAUUAAACUGUUACUUAUUCAAAGAGAAAACAUCUCAUCAUGUCUAUUGUCCAAAGUUACCUGGAAUCAAAUAAAAAUUCUAGAUUACCAUGAAGAACAUAAAA